ACAAAUACCGGAUUCCCUUGGCAACAUGAGCCAACUUACUAACUUGUAUCUUUCCGGAAACAAUUUGAACAGACAAAGACCGGAUUCCCUUGGCAACAUGAGCCAACUUACUAGCUUGGAUCUUUCUGGAAAUCAGCUAACUAGUACAAUACCAUCUUCAUUGUUUGCUCUACCUUCACUGAUUAAUAUAGAUUUGAGUGACAAUAAGCUACAGGGACCAAUUCCAGGAUCAGUUUAUGAACUCCAGAACCUAACAGACUUGGUGCUUUCAUCAAAUAACUUAAGUGGUGUAGUGGAUCUAGAUAAGCUUCUAAAGCUUAAAAAUUUGUACCAUCCUGAUCCCUCAUAUAAUGGUCUCUCAUUGAACAUCAACAACAGUGUCAACUCUACCUUGACCAACUUUCACACUAUAGGAUUAGCUUCUUGCAAUCUAAGCGCAUUCCCAAACUUCUUGAGAGAACAAGCCGGAUUGCGUUCUCUAGACCUUUCAAACAACAAAAUUCAUGGUGAAGUUCCAAAAUGGUUAUUCCAUGUGGGGAAAGAUUCAUUGUAUGAUUUAAAUCUUUCUCAUAAUUUCCUUACAAAUUUAAAGUGUCUUCCAUGGCAAAAUCUAGCAAAUAUUGACCUGCACUCCAACUUACUCCGAGGACCACUCCCUAUUUCACCUAACACCACAAUUGUUUUCUCUAUCUCAAACAAUAAAUUGAGUGGGGAAAUCCCUCCAUUGAUUUGCGGUCUGAUUUCACUUCAAGUUCUUGAUUUGUCUAAUAAUAAUUUGAGUGGCUUGAUUCCACAAUGUUUGGGAAACUUGAGCAACAGUCUCUCGGUGCUGAAUUUAGGGAUCAAUAGCUUUUCUGGCACCUUUACUGCAACAUUUACUAAAGGCAAUAUUUUAAGGAAUCUUAACUUGAAUGGCAACCAAAUUGAAGGACAAGUUCCGCCAUCUUUGCUCAAUUGUGAAUGCUUGGAAGUUCUAGAUCUUGGAAAAAACAAGAUAAACGAUACAUUCCCCCAUUGGUUGGAAACUCUUACAGAAUUGCAGGUUCUUGUCUUGAGGAUUAAUAGGUUUCACGGUCACAUAGGCACCUCCAAGACCAAAGGCAAUUAUCCUUUUCCUAAGUUGAGAAUUAUUGACAUAUCUUGCAAUGAGUUCACUGGCCUUUUGCCAACAAAUUAUAUCAAACAAUUUGGAGCUAUGAUGAAUGUCGAUGAACAUGUGAAAUUGACAUACAUGGGCCAAACAUAUUAUCAAGAUUCUGUGGUGGUGGUGGUGAUUAAAGGAAAUGAGAUUAAAUUAUCAAGAAUCUUAACAGUCUUCUUAAUCAUUGAUUUUUCAAGAAAUAAAUUCUAAGGAGGGAUUCCAAAAUCCAUUGGGAGGCUUAAUUCACUUUGGGGUCUUAACUUAUCCCAUAACAACCUCGAAGGCCACAUUCCAACUUCACUUGGAAAUUUGAAAAACCUUGAAUCAUAGGAUCUUUCCUCAAACAAGUUUGUUGGGGAGAUUCUUCAGCAAUUGAAAAGUUUGACGUUUCUUGAGGUACUAAACCUUUCAGACAACCAACUAGCAGGACUAAUUCCUCAAGGGAGCUAGCUUAAUACAUUUGGAAAUGAUUCAUACAAUGGGAACUUGGCCUUACGUGGAUUCCCUUUAUCAAAGAAAUGUAAGCCACCGCCACCUUCACCAACACUACAACAAGAUGAGAAUUCAGACAACUCAAGCGGAUUUAACUGGCAAGUUAUAGUGUUGGGGUAUGGAUGCGGAUUUGUAUUUGGAAUGGUUAUGGGAUAUCUUAUGUUUGUAACUCGAAGACCAAAAUGGCUUAUGAAAAUUGUUGAAGGAAAACAUCAUAAGAAGGUGAAAAGGUCGAAGAAGGGUACCCAUUGAUGCAGUGAAAGAAGAAAUCAACAAAGACAAAUGGUGUUAUCCGGUAAUUGGAAUUUAUCUUUGCCGCAUUACUUUGUUGAAUUAUCUUUUAUGGUUUCUACUGAUAUGUUGUAUUUGAGUUAUUGAUGUUCUGAUUUCAAAACCAGGUCUGUUCCAUUAAGUAGCACAAGAAAGCAAUGUAUCCACUUGAAGGGGUGUUUCACCUAGCUACUACAUUUGAGUGGGUGAGCAUCUGGAUAACAGCCAUACAGGACCACUUCAAAAGCUUUACCCUUGCUACUGUGUUGAAUUCUAAAGCUUUGUAAGUUGUUUAGUUUUCUUAAAGCACUGAGUUAAAUAAGAGUUUCAUGUCAUGACUCAUUCUUGUUUUUUUUUUCUCGCACCGUUUAGCAACCUUUUGGAGAUUUUCACUUUUGUAUGCACUUGCUUUUAAAUUGGAUUUCAGUCACAGAAGACUGGG